GAUCCAAUAACGAUAUUAAUGUAUUGCAGUCGUCUAAUUUGUUCGACAAUCUAUCACAAGGUAUUACUCCUCCUGCUCAUUACACAAUUCAAGGAAAAAAUUAUGAUGUCGGUUAUUAUUUGGCCGAUGGCAUAUAUCCGAAAUGGCCAACACUUGUUCAAACCAUUUCUAAUUCCGAUGAUAAAAAGAAACAAUAUUUUGCAAUGAUGCAAGAAGCAUGUCGAAAAGAUGUUGAGCGGGCAUUCGGUGUUCUCCAAUCACGAUUUGCUAUCAUCAAGGGGCCAGCCCGUUUUUGGGAUAAACGAACUCUGCAUGAUAUCAUGACUGCUUGUAUUAUAAUGCACAAUAUGAUUGUCGAAGAUGAACGCGACGAGCAAGAAGAUGUUGUCAUUUCAACUCCACAAUCAAUUCCGAAUGCUGAAAAUAUGGAGAUAACGGAAACUGAACGAUUCCAACGGUUUCUUGCUCGACAUAAGAGGUUGAAAAACAAAGAAGCUCAUUUUGCACUUCGAAAUGCAUUGAUUGAACAUUUGUGGGAAAGACAUGGAAAUGAAGCUAUGUAA